AAACUCAAUGAAGCCCACCGUUUUGAUUUCUUUGCUGUCCGAAUGUCUGUAAGAUAAUUUAUGAGUGAAACCCGUGAAGACGAAAGAAGCAGAUUCAGCAACAAAUAGAUGAUGAUGCGUUACAAAGAGGAAAAAGAAGUAAAGAAGGAAACUUUUAGGAAGUAUCUUGAAUCUAGUGGUGUUCUUGAUUCUCUCACUAAAGUUUUGGUUGCAUUGUAUGAGCAGAAUGAGAAGCCUUCCUCUGCCCUUGAAUUUAUUCAACAAAAGUUAGGGGGUCCAAGUUUGUCCGAGUAUGAAACGCUGCAAGCGGAAAUGAUAGAUUUGCAAACCAAGUACGAUGAUCUUUCAGCAAAACACCAAGAUAUUUGCAAAGAGUUGGAGGAACUUAAGACCUUGCAUGACAUCACAUCUGAUACAGAAGAAAACGGCAAGGGCAAUGCAGCCAAGGAUGAAAUUCCAAACUGAUUUUGUAAAUUUGCUGUACUGAAUGAAACACUUACUUGAUUGUGUAUCAUUUUGCCUAUGUUUGUUUGUUCAUAUGUUUUAUUAGUCUUCUAUUGACAUGAUCGACUCGUCAUUUUUUUACGAACAAAGGUAUUGGGUCAUUGUGGCAUAUGAACGCGUUUAUUUUGUACAAUUUGGGAAUUAUUUGAUUUAAAGUUGAAGAGUA